GAUCAGGGGGGUGCUACCAUAGAAAUACUCAGUCAUAGGCAGUUCCAUUCUGUGGACACGCUUUCAGAGAGGGCACAGCCUGGCUCUGUAGAACCAGGAUCUGACUCAGCUCAAAUCCAGUCUGACACUGGGAAGGAUCCUGGAAACCAUUUGCCUCAUCGCCAAUUCUCAAAUAAUCUGUUGCUUAUUUCUGGCAACCAAGGAGCAGAGGAAACCUCCCCUCUGUUAUCAGAGAACUUUGGAGGAGAGAGGAGGGGGGAAGGAUCAUGGGCUCUCUUCUCCGGAAAAACCAAGAACAGGAGGUGGAGGGCAGUCAUGUUUAUCAUCACCAGGAAGAAAUUGUGGAAGCAGUAAGCAAAGCCAAUCUCUUACAGUCACAACUUGGCACAAUAGAGCUUUCUGAGCACAUAGAGCUGAGAGUAGGGCCAAAAGAAACACCCAGUGAUCCAGAUGCCUACUUUACUCAGCAUGUGCCUAAUAGGACAGGAACGUCAUCCCCCUCUCCUGCUGCUGCUGAGUCCACACAGGACAGUAGCGGAGGACACCCAGGCAUAGCUCAAAGGGCCAUUUCUCUGACAAACAUACAAACUGCUGUCAGCAGCAUUUCUAGCAAUUGUAAGCACGUUCUAAAGAUCCCUAAGCCUCCAUGUAGCCUGACCGCUCCUGUUUCUCUGCUCUCAGACUCCAACAAUAACACCAAGGCCAGUACAAACAGGGUGGGGAGAGGGGAGGGUUUAGGGUGUACGUCACAGGAAGCCCCGAGCAACUACGAAUGUAAUGAGAGUAUCAAUCGUCCUGUGGUUGAACCAUCAACAAAUGUGACCUCUGACCCCUCGAAAGAUGUAGACAAGCCCCAGGAAGAUUCAGAGUUGCUCCUGUCUUCACUGGACCACGAAGCCAACUGCAGCAGUCAGGACACUGAAUCUGUGCUAGGGGAAAGCAGGGCCAGCCACAGCCAUUCAAGCCCCGCUCAUGCAGACCAGCUAGAAGAUCUGAAGACCGAGAAGAUUAUUGAAGAUAAAACUGUUGUAAGUCUAAGGUUCAACUGCUCUCAUCCAGAAAGAAGUGAAGGCCUUCAAUCUUUAGUGUCACGUUCAGAGAGCAGAGGCCUAUUAAUGGACAGUGAAUUUAAAGCGAGAGAAGGGCACUACUGUAGCCAGCCAGAGGAUCACAGCUUACCUAAUAGGAGAAGAGGCAACUUAUCCAAAUUGUUUGAGGAAUAUACUCCGGCUGAAGAGUGUAGAGACCCUACGCCGGUCAGAUUGACAGCUCCACAGCAGGAGGUGAGGGUAGUAAGGUACUCGCACCCUGAUGUUAGCCACAACCUGCUUGCUGUCAGUUGUUUAGAGCCAAUUUUGGAGACUGAGCGUUCACUGGAAAACUACGGCACAACAGAGGAUGAUUUAAAAAUAGAAACAAAGAUAGACUAUGAGGUUAUGGUGCCUGCUAAAGACGUUGGGGGGGAUAUUGCUAACCUUUCAGGGGACAUCUCCAGCCCCAAGAGUCAACACCACCAGCCUGAAAUGGAAGAAGAAUCUCUGACAGCUGCUGAGUUAGAACCUGAGGUCAACCCAGCAACACCUGUUCUAUGUGGUAGAGAUGAAAGGCACUCCAGACCUAACACGGUUGCCUACGAUGCUGUUUCUUCCACCUCAGCUAGCAGCAACUGCGACGAGUUGGACGACCCUCACUUUGACAUUUCUGCCAGAAGUGCCAACCUUGACAAAACGACCAAGAGAAGCAAAACAAAAGGCACCCAGACAGGGAAUAAAGGCUCUAAGUUUUCCGUCUUUGCUAAAAUGCCUUCUUUUAGGAAGGCUAAGGGCUCAAAAGGUUCUAAAAGUGAUGAGUGCCCCCAGGAAUCAUCAGAUGGGGGAGGUGAGGGCCCUCUGUCUGGGGAAGGGCCACAUAGGGACAACUCAGACGACGAGGUUUUUGUCAAAGGUGACAUCCUGAAUCAAACCGCUCACCAGGCGUUGUCCUCAUCGCAUUGCGAGAUAGAAGAGGACUGUGGCUUUUACCCCUCGACCCCCGACACUCGCCAUGGCCAUCAGCCAGUCAGCCAAGGGAGUAGUGGGGAGGGUAACGGGGGACCCAGCCCAGAUAACCCCCUCCUCAGGCAAGUCCAGUCACCCAAUGGACAGACCUACAAGAGGAGCAAGAGCAACGACAGUUUAAACAUCCGCAUGCGCUUUGCACAAGCACACAAGUCCAUUUCCAGCCUGUUUGAGUCCCGGUCGAUGGAUAAGGAGAAUGAGGAGCAGCCCACAGUGGGCAUUGAUGUGGAUUCUGCUGCAGCCAAGCAAUCCAGGAGGAAGCCAAAAAGGACCAAGGAGGCUGAGCUGCUGAAAAGAACUCAUUCAUUGCCAGAUGAGGAAUGUAGCAACGCGGCUUCUGGCCGGGGCUGUGGAGAUUUAACGUCCUCUCCACCGCUGGACAGGCUCAGCAGUCCAGGGUCACCAUCCUCCCUCAGAGCCCUUCGCCACACUGAUCCCAUCACCAAGCGGGGAGUUCCACACGGUAGUGGAAAGGAAAACCCCCAUGGGUGGAAAUCUGAGGGCCAGAGAAGAAAAUGUUCACCGAAUGGUGUACCUACCACACUGUGUGUGUCCGGCCCACUUCCAUUUUUAGCCUCUGCAGUCCCACAGCCCCAUCACACCAGUCCUGUUUCACCUUUAAGUUCCUGCGCAGUAGGCACCCUUACUCAUCAGCUUCCGCCAUCCUGCACCAGGUCUCACCCAGUGGCCAGCGAGGGUUUGACUAAGAGCCCCCUACGGCCAAUGAGCCCGAAACCCAACAGUCCUAGGCCAGCGGCUCAGCGUAAAAUCUUUUACUACCCUCACUCAGCAAGGACCAGUACUGUCUGCCCUAUCCUUCUGGGCCAGUCGGUCAGCAUGGAGGGAUUAACGGACCCCCCCGAGAGACCUAAGACCCUGAAACCCUCAGCCAGCCCUCUGGGUCUCAGCCUCAGCCCUCUGGAUGCAGCUGAAUGCAGAAUAGACAGCCAAUCACACGUCAGCCUGUAUGCCAUCGGCUCUAUCAACGAAUUAGAGGGUACACAGACCGAGGGCCGCCCCGCGAGCCAGUCCAGAACAAGAAGGCUGUUGGGGGAGAAGUGCGAGGGGAAGGCCUCGGUGGUUCUCGCUGGGCUGAGGACUGGCUGCUGGGUGGACCUGGGCCCCGAUGGAGGCGGCCGGCAGCCGAGGCCAAAGUUUUCAGACGACCUCUGGAUUGAAGAGCGAAAGAAAUACCAACGCAAACUGGCCCGAGCUAUCAGGGGGAGCCUGGGCCAACUCAACACACUGUUAUGCGAAGACGUGGACAAAACUGAUGCUGGAGUUAUCUUGGGGCCCAUUGAAGCCUUCCGGGGGAUGCCCCUCAAAUCCCACUGCUUUUCUCAGAGCACCCCCAUCGGUCUUGACUGCCUGGGCUGGAGAAGACACAUCUACUCCUCGGUGGUUGUUCCUGACGAGGCGUCAGAGAAGGCGGGGCUUGGAGACGAGCUGGGCAGCGAAGAGGAUCUGCUGUACGAAGAGUUUCACAGUUCUGGGCAUCGCUUUGGACACCCGGGAGGAGGCGGAGGAGAGCAGCUAGCCAUCAAUGAGCUGAUCAGUGAUGGCAGCGUGGUGUACGCUGAGGCCCUCUGGGACCAUGUCACCAUGGACGACCAGGAGCUGGGCUUCAAGGCUGGUGAUGUCAUCGAGGUAGUGGACGCCACCAACAAGGAGUGGUGGUGGGGCCGCAUCAUGGACAGUGAGGGCUGGUUCCCCGCCAGCUUUGUACGGUUGCGUGUGAACCAGGAUGAGCCCAUGGAGGAGUAUCUGGCCCACCUGGAAGGGGCUCAGGCUGGUGAGGAGAGUCGGGCAGGUCUGGGCUUGUUGCUGGGACCAGGUUUGCCCUGCAAAGAACAGAUGAGGACCAAUGUCAUCAAUGAGAUCAUGAGCACAGAGAGAGACUACAUCAAGCACCUAAAAGACAUCUGUGAGGGCUACAUCAAACAGUGCCGCAAGCGGACAGACAUGUUCACGGAAGAGCAGCUUCGCACCAUCUUUGGAAAUAUUGAAGAUAUCUACCGAUUCCAGAGGAAGUUCCUGAAAGACCUGGAGAAGAAAUUCAACAAGGAGCAGCCGCACCUGAGCGAGAUCGGCUGCUGCUUCCUUGAACACCAAACCGAUUUCCAGAUCUACUCUGAGUAUUGCAACAACCACCCCAACGCCUGCGUCCAGCUCUCCAAGCUCAUGAAGGUCAACAAGUAUGUGUUCUUCUUCGAGGCCUGCCGACUCCUGCAGAAGAUGAUCGACAUUUCCCUGGAUGGCUUCCUGCUCACUCCCGUGCAGAAGAUCUGCAAGUACCCGCUGCAGCUGGCUGAGCUGCUCAAAUACACCAACCCACAGCACAGGGACUACAAAGAUGUGGAGGCGGCCUUAAACGCCAUGAAGAACGUCGCCAGGCUGAUCAACGAGCGGAAACGACGCCUCGAGAACAUUGACAAGAUUGCCCAGUGGCAGAGCUCCAUAGAGGACUGGGAGGUGCGUGCGUGUGUGUGUGUGUGUGUGCAUUCCAUGCAGGGCGAAGACGUCCUCAGCAGGAGCUCUGAUCUCAUCUUUUCGGGGGAGUUGAGCAAGCUGUCCCAGCCACAGGCCAAGAGUCAGCAGAGAAUGUUUUUCCUCUUUGAUCAUCAGAUGGUGUACUGCAAAAAGGACCUCCUGCGGCGGGACAUGCUGUACUACAAGGGUCGGAUGGACAUGGACCACAUGGAGGUGAUAGACGUGGAAGACGGUAAGGAGAAGGACUUCAACAUCAGCGUGAAGAACGCCCUGAAGCUGCGCUCUCUGACCGGGGACCAGGUCCACCUGCUGUGCGCCAAGAAGCCGGAGCAGAAGCAGCGCUGGCUCGGAGCCUUCGCUGACGAGAGGAUUCAGGUCCAGCACGACCGUGACACAGGGUUCUCUCUCACAGAGGUCCAGAAGAAACAGGCCAUGUUUAACGCCUGCAAAAGCCAUCCAGCUGGGAAACCAAAAGCAGUGACCAGACCUUACUAUGACUUCCUCCUGCGACAGAAACACCCGUCCCUCCCCACCGCCUUGCCCCAGCAGCAGGUGUUCAUGCUGGCCGAGCCCAAGCGCAAAACCUCCACCUUCUGGCACAACAUCGGCCGACUGACACCUUUCAAGAAGUGAAGGAGAGAAAAUCGUAAAGCCGUGGAGCGAAGGAACUGAAGGGGGGAGUUGGGGGGAGAGAAGCGCUCUCUGCUCGUGCCUGAAUAGACCCUUUUUAAUUAAUCUCCUUUUCUUUUCGUACACGUAACAUUGCCCUUAUUGAAACACUGAUCCAUUGUAUAGCUGAGGAUUAUUAUGAUGAGGACGAGAUAAUUUUUUUUGAAAGCACUUUAUAGGUUGGUUAACAAUCAGACUUGAGAAUGGUCUCCCGGAGACACUGAAUCAAACGGGGGGGUGGGGUGGACUCCUGCUUAACUUACUACUACUGCUACUACACCUCCGAUCAAGCGCCGACUGGUACUAAUACUACUACUGUACUGCUGCGGGCGGGCGCGGGACUCCCGAUUGUGCUGCCUCUGUGAACGACAAAAAAAAGAAAAAAAAAGAAAAUAGUUGUCAUUUCUUUCCACUGUUGUGUUGUUUUUUUCGAUUUCACAGAUGCCAAGUGUUCGCAGUGCCAGACCAUUUUGUUUUUUUAUAUUUGAUCUGUGUCUGUUUAUGAAGAAGAAGAAAAAGGGAACAUUGAAAGUGUGUGUGUGUGUGUGUGUGGGGGGGGUCCCUGUGCUUUUUCUCUGUGCAAAUAUAUAAUAUCAGGAUUUUAUUUGAGCUGUUUUUUUUUUUUUUUUUUUUUUUAAGUGUCUAGUGAUCUCCAUCCGCCAGGAUUUAGUUCCGUGCGUCUCUGGUGCAUUUAUGGUAUUGUGCAAACACUUGAUAAAAAAUUGUCAAAUGCAAGAGCAGAAGAAGAAGAAGAUUUUUCUUUUUAUUCAGCAAAACGGCAGCAACACACAUUCCUUGAGUCUGAUCCUCGACUCCUCCUUUUACCCUUCAUGUCAAUAAGAGUAAACACCUUGGUUAUUUCUUUCUCUCUCUCUUUUUUUAAAGUGCCAUUUGAAGUGUGUCACGGAUGACUUACAAUGACAUGCAUGGAUGUGAUGAAAAAAUGCUGUGAAGAAUAUUUUUUUAUCUCUGAAGAACCCUGCUAUAUUUAACCAGACUUCAGGAGCUGAGGUUUUCAUUGUGCUACUUGGCUGACAGCAUCACACACCACACACACACACACACACACACACACACACACACACACACACACACACACACACACAUACACACAUACACACGCUCUUUUAUCUACCUUUACUGUACUUCUGAUAGCCGGUGUUCCUGCUCUGUGUAUCUGGUCUCCAGUAUAAUCUCAUUUCUGAUCGAUGCAGCCCAGUGAAAUCGCUCUGUAAGUGCAUUCAGUAAAAUGUGCUCCUUUCACCUUUUGUGUUCAAAUGUUUUAGCUUCUGACGAUAUGGAAUAUUAAACAUUCCUAAGCUGACAAAUGUGA